ACUGUGCGGCUGUAGGGUAUCUGUCAGAGGGACGCCGGCGUGUCGGGGCGGGACCGGGGACGGGCGGAGAGCACCAGGCCGCUCUCAUAGGCCGGGAGACGCGGCGCGGCGGAUGUCGUGGACGUCCUUACGGCGUAUGUUGACCUGGAGCAGCGAUGGCGGGACGGAAGGAUUCUGCGUCUGGUCUCCGAGGAGGAACCGGGUCACGGCAUCGUAUGUGCAAUGAUAUGCUCCGGUGACAAUAUAACGAAGAGUAACACAGAAUGAAGAAGAAACGUCGGUGUAUCGGGGCUUCUGCCUUGGGCAACAACUACGUAGGUCGUCUGUGGCCGUUCCUUCCUCGUCUUGUUUGUAGGGAGUCAUGCUGCACCUUCCCUCGACACGUUGCUGCGCUUUCCACCUCUUUCUCUCCCAUCCCUCCCUUUUGCUCUUCUUCUUGUCCUCGCGUCUUUCUCCUCCCAACAAUAACAACUCUCGGCUUCACCCUCUUCUUAUCAACCAGGCACAGAGAACUCCAUUGUCCGAGUCAUCUUCACCCAUACACAAGUAAUCCACCAACUUUUACUUUACGACACCUCUUCCCGUUGACUCUCAAUCCAACUGGUCUCAAGUCGACUUACUGCGGCUUGAAUACCCUGCCUUUUCUGUCAACACCUUACUCCUCUCUCGGCUUCCGAUACCUCGCAGCGCUUGAUCCAUUCCAAGGAUUGGACACGCACGCACGACCCAAAAUCAUGGUGGGAAUCUCGACACUCCCCACAGAGCUCAUCCGUGAGAUGUGCCAUGACAUCCGGGCCGGCAAGCAGACGGCAUCGCACCACAGGCAACAAGCCAUGUGAUACGGCCAGAGACUUACAAUGGGUCGAUUUGUGGGUUGGUUGUGGUGGUACAACAUGCGAUGCUCUCCCUCCCAUUUCCCUUUCUUUGGUCCGUCGGCCGCAGUCGGAACACGAUCCGAGAUUGCUGUGUUAGCGCCGCUGCGCGAGAGCCACUUUUCCCGGCAUCACUUUGCCCCCACGCUUGGCUGGUGUGCGCCGGGAGAUUUGGGCAAAAU